UCCGCGGCCCCGAGUCUGCCGCACAUUUUCAGCUACUGAUGUUACAAACAAAACAUUGGACCAUAGAGUUGAGGAAAAGACUUAAACCAGAUUUUUCUUCAAUUAGUUAAAAAUAUGGAUCCUGACUCAGAGAGACCACAGAUUUGCAAUGUAACACCUUUUCAACAGAUUGUUGCCUCUUGUACUGGGGCCAUACUGACAUCACUAAUGGUGACACCCCUGGAUGUUGUUAAAAUUCGACUGCAAGCUCAAAACAACCAAUUUUCCAAAGAUACCAACGCUGUGUCAUUAAGCAAAUCACAUUAUUUAUAUUUCUUCCUAAAAGGAGAAUGUUUUGUAUAUAAUAAUGGACUUAUGGAUCAUGUCUGUAUCUGUGAAGAAGAAGGCAGCAAAGCAUGGUAUAAGAAGCCAGGAUAUUUCCGGGGAACAUUAGAUGCAUUUAUAAAAAUCAUUCGAAAUGAGGGCAUUAAAUCCCUGUGGAGUGGCCUUCCCCCCACCUUAGUAAUGGCAGUUCCUGCUACAGUUAUCUAUUUUACUUGCUACGAUCAAUUAACUGCUUUCCUGAAAUCUAAAUUAGGAGAAAAUGAACGCCAUAUACCAAUUUUUGCUGGAAUUGUGGCCAGAUUUGGUGCAGUAACUGUAAUAAGUCCAUUAGAAUUGAUAAGAACCAAGAUGCAAUCUAAAAGGUUUUCUUAUAACGAGCUGCAUCAAUUUAUAAGCAAGAAAGUAUCAGAAGAUGGUUGGAUUUCCCUUUGGAGAGGCUGGACUCCUACUCUUCUUAGAGAUGUACCAUUCUCAGCAAUGUACUGGUAUAACUAUGAACUUAUAAGGAAAUGGUUGUGUGUGAAAUAUGGCUUAUAUGAACCCACAUUUACGGUCAACUUUACUUCAGGAGCAUUGUCUGGUUCUUUCGCAGCUGUUGUAACUUUGCCAUUUGAUGUGGUAAAAACACAAAAGCAGACACAUCUUUGGAUGUAUGAAAGUCAUAAAAUUUCUAAGCCUUUGCAUAUGUCAACCUGGGCUAUAAUGAAGAACAUUGUUGCUAAAAAUGGGUUAUCUGGAUUAUUUACAGGCCUAACUCCCCGUUUAAUUAAAAUUGCUCCUGCUUGUGCCAUCAUGAUCAGUACAUAUGAAUUUGGAAAGGCUUUUUUCCACAAACAAAACACUCAAAAACAGCAAUUAUAGUGAUGCUGCUUCAACUUGAAAUAGCCAUGGCCAAAUCAGAUGGAGACUCUUAGGCAAGAGCCUUUCUUUUGUCUUACAAGUGUUUUUUUCUCUUUCUUGCCAAUGAUUUAAAUGAAUAGAAAUUUCUACCUUGACUCUAAAUCAUAAUCCUCAUUUUAAAAUGAAUUGUGUAUUCCUAAUUUUUGAGAUAGUGAAAAAAGAUAUUUCAGAAAUCACAACCACUGAACAUAUUAUAAAGAAAAGAAAAAUUAUUCUUUAACACUUGGAAGCAAUAAUCUCUUGAGAGUUUGAUAUUAAAGAUCCUGUAUUAUAUACUGAUACUAUACAAGGGGUGUGAUUUACUGAUUGUAUUAACUGUUCACUAGAGUCAAGCUUGUGUGUAGAGUGGAAAACUAUAUUGAAUUUAGACAAGUAAAAAUUAUGUUUUGGCACAGGAAGGUCAUCUGGUUUCACCAUGUGAUAAUUCAGGUGUCACUGUGGAUUCCCUAGGUCACUCUGUUGGCUUGUUUUAUUAUAUUUAUAUAAUACAAUGUCAGUUACAAAAUAUUUCCAAAAUAUGCAUCUCACAUUAGUAUGCUAGAACAAGAGACUAUACAUACAAUUUCCUUGAAGAAAUAGCUUUUGGUCACUGUAUGUUAAUGCCUAAUUAAUUUAGCUUAUGACUAUAGGAAUGAAAUAAAAAAAUUAUGGCAGGACAAGAAAUGAUAUUUUAAAAUAUAUUUGUUGAUUUUCUUAGGAUAUACAUAAAAAAGCACUUAAUUGAAUCUAUGUGUGUUUUAUGUGUGUUUUAUGAAAAUGUGAAACAUUUCUCCCCUAAAAUAGGUAAUAUGUUUAGGUGUUAAAAUUCUGAUGUUCACAGAGGAAUUAAUGUAUUUGUAUUAUAGUAGAAAAAAGGUUCAUGUGUCUUACCAGAAAUAAACUAUAUGGUAUUUAUAUAUAACUUUUUGUUUUUAUCCUGUUUUGAUUUACCUUAAAUUUGCAACAUAAAUAUCCAUAAAAAUAUAAUUAUUUUAACUUAUACUUUCAUUAAAAUAUUUUGGUUAAGUUAAAAUUAUCACUGUACCUUUAGCUAAUAUUUUCAUAAAAUGUGUAUAAAAAUGUUUAUCUGGAACACUGGAACAGUAUUAAAUUUACCUUGGUUUUUCUAUG